GAGUCAUGGUGGAUAUCAGACUGGAAAUUGAAUGAAUUAAAUAUGGUGCAUCAGCCAUACAUGUAAAUUAAGUAAACAAUGCACUAUCAUGGACAAAUAUGCAAGAACGCUUCCAACGCCAAGAACAAGGAAGGGCCAAAACAUGAGCACAUAACAAUAUUUGAGUUUGGAGAACAUGCUCCAGCAAACAUUGCUACCUCUUGCAAGUUGAAGUACUAUAAUUGAGUCAACCUGUCCCCUACAGUGGCAGUUCUGAUGCCGCCAGUCUAGCAGUGGGAACAGGAGGGUGAGAUUUUUGAUGAAGCUCAGCCAUGAAACAGUCACCAUAGAAUUGAAAAAUGGAACUCUGGUUCAUGGAACAAUUACAGGUGUGGAUGUGGCGAUGAACACGCACUUGAAGGCGGUAAAGAUGACGCUGAAGAACCGGGAACCGGUUCAGCUUGACUCUCUCAGCAUCCGCGGCAACAACAUCCGCUACUACAUUCUACCGGACUCGCUGCCGCUGGAGACGCUGCUCAUCGACGACACGCCCAAGAUGCGUUCGCGGCGCGCCGACCGCGGCGGACGGGGCGGACCCCGUGGCCGCGGCCGGGGCGGGCCGCGCGGCCGCGGCGGCCGGGGCGGUCCGCGAGGGCGGGGCCGCGCCCGCCGCUAGUCCCGCCCCCCAGCGCCGUCCACCAAUCAUCGUCACCGUCGCCUCGCCAUUCAGUAUCGCCCGCCCGGUCGGCCGUGGCUGCAGCGCGCGGGCCUCCGCGACCGGCGCCCCAGUUCCGCGCGCCGUGUACUCCCCGCUUGCGCCGUAACGUGAGUCCCCUCCACGGAAAUCCAGGAACGGGCCCGCGCGCAUCCUGGAGUGGGCGGGAAACUAGAGAGAUGGGCAGGAUGCGCGCGCGGCUCGCCGGCGGACAGAUCAGGGAUCGCUGAUGACGGGUGCGUCACGUCCGAAUACAUGGAGGGAAA